CUAAAUGAAAGUUAUAUAUCACACAUAUAUUCUCUAUAAAGCUCCAGUGCUGAUGAUGUGUUGUGUGUUUGUCAGAUUGUGGUAAAGGUCGAGUCAAACCCCACAGACGCUCAGGACACUGUGUGUGACAGUAAUCACACCUUGAAUCAGGAUGAAUCUACUGAUCAAACCUCCACAGAGUCUCUGGAUUCUGUCUGUAACGCUGGAGAACAGCAGAUCCUGAACACCAGACCACUGAACAUGUGUUCUGUCACACUGAUGGACUGCAGGAAACUGAUGGAGAUGAAAACAGAACUCAUAGUAAAGGAAGAACAGACUGAUGAAGAUGAGAAUCAUGAUGAUUUUGUUUCUUUAGUCAAACUGGUGAGUGAUGAGAACCUGGAGAUAAAAACAGAAGAAACAUCAGACAAAGAUCAGACUGGUGAAGAUGAGAAUGAUGGUGGUGAUGGUUUUACUCCUUCGGAUGAGAGCGGUGAUUCAUGUGGUGAUGGAGAAACGGCCUCUACAUCAAAACACACAGAACAGAAACUCUUCACCUGCACCAGAUGUGACAUCAGCUUUCCUACCUUACAAGAGAAGAAACUUCAUUCACAAGAGCACAGAGACGAGAAACACUUUCACUGUCAGCAAUGUGGGAAGAAUUGUGUCACGUUUUCUAAUCUGAAAGUUCACAUGAUGUCACACACUGGAGAAAAUCUGUUCAAGUGUCCUCACUGUGACCAGAGAUUCGGCAGCAAUAUUCAUCUGAAGAGACACUUGUGUUUACACACCAAUGAGAGACCGUAUCACUGCAGUCAAUUUGGAAAAACCUUUAAGCGGACAAGUUCUUUACAGAGACACCAAACAUCAUACUCAGAGAUGAAACCCUAUCAGUGUUCACACUGUGAUAAACGCUUCCUUCAUAAAUGUCUACUAAUAACUCAUGAGAGAACUCACACUAGAGAGAAACCUCAUCACUGCAUCAUCUGUGGAAAGAGCUUUUCUAAUCCAAGUACAUUUAAACGUCAUGAGAGAGUUCACACUGGAGAGAAACCUCAUCACUGCAUCAUCUGUGGAAAGAGCUUUUCUGAUCCAAGUACUUUAAAACGUCAUGAGAGAGUUCACACUGGAGAGAAACCUUACGUCUGCUCUCACUGUGGAAAAAGCUUUUCUGUUUCAAGUCGUUUAAGAGCUCAUCAGAGAAUUCACACUGGAGAGAAACCUUACGUCUGCUCUCAUUGUGACAUGAGCUUUUCUGAUCGAAGUACUUUUAAACGUCAUGAGAGAACUCACACUGGAGAGAAACCUUAUCAGUGCUCUCACUGUGACGAGAGCUUUUCUGAUUCAAGGACUUUUAAACGUCAUGAGAGAGUUCACACUGGAGAGAAACUUAACGUCUGCUCUCACUGUGACAAGAGCUUUUCUGAUUCAAGUGGUUUAAGAGUUCAUGAGAGAAUUCACACUGGAGAGAAACCCCAUCACUGCUCUCACUGUGACAAGAGUUUUUCUGAUCCAAGUACUUGUAAACGUCAUGAGAGAACUCACACUGGAGAGAAACCUCACGUCUGCUCUCAAUGUGGAAAAAGCUUCUCUAGACAUAGUUCUUUUGAAGUUCAUCUGAGAGUUCACACUGGAGAGAAACCUUAUCACUGCAUCAUCUGUGACAAGAGCUUUUCUAAUCCAGGUACUUUGAAACGUCAUGAGAGAACUCACACUGGAGAGAAAGCUCACGUCUGCUCUCAGUGUGGAAAAAGGUUUUCUGAUUCAAGUCUUUUAAGAGCUCAUCAGAGAAUUCACACUGGAGAGAAAGCUCACGUCUGCUCUCAGUGUGGAAAAAGCUUUUCUGAAUCAAGUAUUUUAAGAGCUCAUCAAAGAAUUCACACUGGAGAAAAACCAUACAAGUGUCCUCACUGUGACAAGAGUUUCAGGCAAAAUACUAGUCUGAAGAGACAUGUGCGUUUACACAACGAUGAGAGACCGUAUGAGUGCAGUGAAUGUGGAAAAACCUUUAAGCAGUCAAGUUAUCUACAGGACCACAUAAGAACUCACUCUAAUGAGAAACCAUAUCAGUGUUCUUACUGUGAUAAACGCUUCUUUAAGAAACCACAACUAAUAACUCAUGAGAGAUUUCACACUGGAGAGAAACCUUACGUCUGUUCUUACUGUGGAAAGAGCUUUUCUGAUAAAUCUCAUUUCAGAGUUCAUCAGAGAAUUCACACUAGAGAGAAACCUCACCACUGCUCUUUGUGCAGUGAGAGAUUUUCUUUUUUAUGCCAUUUAAGGACUCAUCAGAAGAAACAUGCUGAAGAACAAACUGGACUGGGAUCAUCAUAGCAGGCCUCAGAGCUUAUCUCUUAACCAAUUUGACUUUAACUGUUGCUUUACAUCAAUAAUAAAGUCUAGUCACCAGCAUUCAAGUAAAUUCUCUGUUGAAGAAAAGUAUUUUUUGGUGGGAGGUCAUCACCCUCUUAAGACAGAAUACAUUUAGAUGUGUCAAGAAUACGCUCAUGGAGACUUUAAUGUAAUUUUAUGUCUAUUUCUUGUUUUGGCUGUACUUUACUCUUUAAUGUUUAUUGAUUUAUUCAGUUUGUAAGGUGUGUAUGAUACAGGCCUGAUAGAGCCAACUAUGAGAUAUGGCUUGUAGAUCUUACAGAUACCUGACGGAAUUUCUUCCUACCUCGGCAUGGGCAUCUGAGGCGGAGGCAGAAAGAGAAUAAUGAGCGUAGCUGCUGUUCAUUAACUGCAUUGAGUGAAAGCUUGGCUGAAAAGAUGUGUCUUUAAUCUAGAUUUAAAUUGGGAGAGUGUGUCUGACCCUUCAAUAGUAUGAGGAAGGCUAUUCCAUAGUUUAGGUGCUACGCAUGAGAAAGCUUGACCCCCCUUGGUGCAUUUAGUCCUAAGUUUUGAGAUCUUAGAGAGCGUGAUGGGUUGUAACGUGAUAAAAGCUCGGUUAAGUAAGUAGGUGCUAAACCGUUUAAAGCUUUGUAAGUAAUUAAAAGAAUUUUAAAAUCAAUACGAUACUUAAUGGGUAGCCAGUGAAGCGAUGAUAAAACUGGGGUUAUGUGAUCGUAUUUUCUUGACCUGGUAAGAACUCUUGCAGCUGCAUUCUGAACUAACUGUAGUUUGUUUAUUGAUGAUACAGAACACUAAGAGCAUUACAAUAGUCAAGCCGUGAGGUCACAAAUGCAUGAAUAAGCUUUUCUGCGUCAUGAUAGAUCUGGAUAGAAACAUACACUUGUUUCUUGUUUAUUUCAUUUUAUUAUUCUAUUUCAUUUAUACUAUUUAUUACAAUAUUCAUCAAAUGUAUUCAUUCCUUUAUUUUAUUAUUCACUUCUAUUCAUAUUAUUUGCUCCUUACUUUCCUAUUGUUUAACCUAGUUGAGAGUUGUAUUGUGUCUUAUGCUGAUAUGAGUAUCCGUUGGUCUCCAUCUCAAGGUUCAUAAUAAUGUAAUGAGACAAUGUUUUGAUACUGUAAUCUUGAAUGGUUAAAAACACAUAUUGAAUCUGUUUUUUUAGUCAGACGAAGUUUGACAGAGCUUGACUGAGCAUCAACACACAACUGAGAUUAUUUAAUAAAUCAUUUGUCUGUCUAUUUAACAUCACUUCGUCUCCUGCCUGCUGUUCUUCCCUUCAGCUCUAUAUCUCCCUGGUGGUUGGGUUAAAGGAUUGACUCACAAUGGAGUUGAUAUCUCCAGGUGUAAUUUGUUCCUGACGGAGAGAGAUCUAGUGAAACUGGACUCAAAGUUUAAAUCUAUAAGAUCUACAAGCCCUAUCUCAUAGUUGGAUCUGUCAGUCAGCAACACAAAAUAUUUCGUAAUUUGGCAACAUUUCUAAGGUGGAAGAAGGCUGUUUUUGUGAUAUUUGAGAUGUGAUUUUUAAAUGACAGGUUGCCGUCUAAAAUAACGCCUAGAUCUCUACUGUAUUUGCUGGAGUAACAGUGCAGCCUUCAAUUUGCAGGUUGUAGUCGGAGAUAUACUUGAUUUUGGUGCUAUAAGUAAUAUUUCUGUUUUGCUAGAGUUUAAAAGAAGGAAAUUACUAGUCAUCAAAUGUUUUGUCCUCGAUGCACUCUGCCAGUUUGGAUAGCUAUAUAUUUCAUCAAGACCAGAUGAUUCCUUUAAGCUGAGUAUCAUCUGCAUAACAGUAGAAGCUAAUACCAUGUUUUCUAAUAAUGUUGCAGAGGGUUAGCAAGUAUAUGGAGAAAAGCAAGGGUCCUAAAACCGAUCCCUGAGGUAAUCCAUAAUUUACCUGGGUGAGAUUUGACGAUUUCCCAUUUAAAUAGACAUUUAAAAACACUCUAGCUUUUCUUUUUGGGUGACGGUUGAAACUAAUUCUUCCAACACACUUGGAGGUUUGGUUUUAACUAUGUUGUCUCCUAUUUUUUUGAUUUUCUCAGUAAAAAAAUCAUGAAUUCAUUUUUACCCAGGUUAGGUGGAGUGUGUUUGUUUGUAAGUUUAGCAAUUGUGCUAAAUAAAAACCUUGGAUUGUU